GUCUUUCCGUUCUCUCUUCACUUUCGUUUGUACUUUCCGGUUCUCGAACGCGUCAAAGAUAGGAAAACAGUACUAAUACAAACUUACUGGGAGUCUCCAAAGUGAUCAGCUUUUGUCAAAURGUAAGGUUCACAAACAAUAAGUUAUAUAAACUUAUUCGGUGCUAACAGUGCUAUAUUCUCAGUAGAAGACAGAUGCAGCUGUGUAAUCAAGGAAUUGAAACCCCGGCUCAGCAUCAUAUCGAAAAAAUAGCAGGAAGUUGUGAGGAUUAAUGGGACUGUAAAGAAUAGCUGCAAUAUGCGAAAUGCACUCAAUACCACCAACCGUUCGUUCAGACAAGACUCAACAUCGGGUUCUUUGUUGAAUAAUUUUGAGCUCUGAAGUCUGUUAGAAAGCUAAAGAAGAGAAUAUGCAUAUCGGAAUCAAUGAAACCAAUGUUUCGUCCCAGGUAAGCAACCGCCCUGAAGAAUGUUUUUUUCUUCAUACCGUCAUAUUUGGAAACGAAAACAAAGGCUUGUAUAUCACCAGUAUCGUUACUAUCAUAGUGAACAGUAUUUUCGCAGUGGUUGCUGUYAUAGGGAACGUCCUUUUUCUUCAAACACUUUGGAGAACAAGCUCCCUCCAAACUSCUUCGAACAUCUUACUUGGAAACCUUGCUUUGUCUGAUUUAUUAGUUGGAUUGAUCGUACAGCCUUUGUAUAUUGGCUACAAGGCUAGUGAGAUAAGCGGACGAUAUUCGUGUCUUGUUCAUGUCUCGUUUUCAACAGCGGCGUGGAUAGCGGUUGGCGUUUCUUUUCUUAACCUUACUGCCAUAAGUUUGGAAAGAUACGUUGCGAUAUUCAAAUCAUUUAUUUAUCUUGCUGUUGUUCAAGUCAAAACGAUGUUAGCAGUUUCUGUGUUUACUUGGAUUCUUGCAUUAAGUGUAGUAUUUUCACGGUUUUUGGGACUCAGCUCGUUUUAUUUCUACGCAAUAUGUUUGGUGUUUAUCUUGAUAAGCUUCACAACAACAAUUGUUGUCUAUGUUAAAAUCUACCGCGUCGCUAAGCAGCAUCAGAGAUCGAUCCGAGACCAGUCUACAACAGCCAAUGGCAAUGAAGGAGAAAAUGGACAAAACUUUCUAAAAGAAGCUAAGUUGACAAAGACCGUUGGUUUAAUAACGGGGUUAUUUUUUCUAUGCUACAUGCCUACCCUUGGGAUAAUGGUAUAUUAUAGCGUCAAAGAAUACAGCACUAUUACCAAGAUAUUAUAUUCCUGGACCGAUACAAUCGUUUUCUUAAACUCAUCACUAAAUCCAGUUGUUUAUUACCUUCGUAAUAGAAACAUCAGACAAGCAUUGCUGAAGUUUUAUUGGACAAAACAUUUCAAACAUAAAGUAACGAUUACGUCAAAGAAACAUCCAAAUAUAGCUGUCAAUGCUAAAGAUAGCUAAAACAACAGAGCAAUGACUUUAAACAGCACGUUUUAAAAAAGAGCAAUCUAUACACUUGACUGGAGAGGUCAUAAAGAGUUGUUAUUUCCUGUGCGUGGCUAACUACCUAUCGAUCAAAACAACCAAUUUAUAACCCUUUGAGUGGCUAAAACAAGUUGUGCAGGGAAYCUGMGGUUUUGUARCAAAGCAWGGCAGCAUCGGGUAACAAACAAAAAAGAUUACCCGAUCUUGUCAUUUUUGAUAGUGAAUCUGAAUGGAAAUAGUUUCCAUAUGGUUGGUAAAAUAAGGCAUGAUUUUGAUAUGACAUAGAAAUCUCCUUUAUGUUGCCCAAUUUCGUCGCGCUUUAAGUUUUAACCGGUAAAAGGGUUAUCAAAAUGCUUUAGCUAUUUCUUUYGACAAAAGCUUAUCCGCAUUGGUAAUUGUUUAGUGUUGGAUCAAACUGACAGGUGAAAUGGGGGAGGAGAGGGGGGUGCACCCCCUUCUUAGAACUUUUACCCUUUACAACAUGAUCGCAAUUGAGAGGCUCAAAUGUAUGUUUACCAUCAUUUUUUUAUUCAUUUUUUGAAAGUGAAACCUAAGUCUGUGCCAUAUAGAAGUCACAUCAAUGCGUUUUCGGGAAGUCAAUCUCCGUAUAUCAUUUGGGAUUUUAGUUAGUAUACGAAAUAGCAUUGUCUGCCGGUUGUCAGUUAGAAUCUGGUCACCUCACCUUCUUGCGCUCUUUCCAGGUCAUUUUUGUGGUUUGGUUUGCAUCCCUUGGAAAGAAUGUUAAAUCCUGAACCAGAAUCCGCUUCUUUUCUGUGUGCCAUUAGCGCUUACAAGGCCUAGGGCUAAAAUUUGGUCACAGGAAGUACUUCCUAAGUACAACAUUUAAUGAUUUCCCUAUUUCAAUGCAAAAAAACGGAGACUGUAGUAUUUUAAAGGAACUUUUCAGGAGUUUUCACUUUAUUAUUUUAUUAACCUUUUAGUUCUGUAACAACUUCUCCAUAAUAAUAUAAAUCAUGCUCAUA